UAUGCCAGGCAAGAGGCGCACUUUUCCGGGCGCUCUCGGCAAUUAUUUACGGCGGGUCCCGUCGCUCCCGCAUUUGUUAUAAACAAUGACGUGCGGACGUAGGAUCGACAGAUCGAGACGAGAGCUUUUUUGUGUCGCGUAGGACGCGAGUGUUUUGUUUUUCUUUUUGGUCGGCUCGCGGCGACGCUUACCAUGCACCUACACUUUGAGAGGACCGUGAACGCGAAGAGCGACUGUCCCAUUCUAUCGCUGACGUGGAUGGGCAAAGUUCCGGACGAACUGCCUGAGGACGAGGGUUGGAAACUUAACAGGACCAAUUAUUACCAAGAGGGAUGGCUGGCCACCGGCAACGUGCGUGGCAUCGUCGGGGUGACAUUUACCACCAGCCACUGCAAGAAGAAUGUCGAUUUUCCACUUAGGACCAACUACAAUCUGAGGGGUCACCGCUCCGAGGUCAUUCUGGUUAAGUGGAACGAGCCUUACCAAAAGCUUGCGUCAUGCGACAGCUCGGGUAUAAUUUUCGUAUGGAUCAAGUACGAGGGUCGCUGGUCCAUUGAGUUAAUAAACGACAGGAACACCCCAGUAACCCAUUUCUCUUGGUCUCACGACGGACGUAUGGCUCUGAUUUGCUACCAAGAUGGGUUUGUUCUGGUGGGUUCGGUGGCCGGUCAAAGGUACUGGUCGUCGAUGCUCAACCUCGACGCUACCAUAACGUGCGGUAUAUGGACUCCAGAUGACCAACAGGUCUACUUCGGCACCACUUCGGGGGAGAUCAUAGUCAUGGACGUCCACGGUGCGAUGGUAUCGCACAUCCACCUGAGUGGUGACGUCGGCAUCACGUCGAUGGCGUGGUCAUGCGAGAAAUUCAAGAUGGAGGAAGGAGAUGAACCCGAAACGAUCGCUGCAGCAGCCGCCACUAGUUCAGGAGACAAAAAGUUCGUAUUGGCCGUCUCGCUUCAGAACGGAUACAUCUAUCUGCUCGGCACUUUCGACGACGUGGCACCUAUCCAAAUCAACACUGACCUGCAGGGUCCUCUGUGUAUGGAGUGGAGCAAUUCGAGGGAACUGCUGGCGGUAUCGGGUAUCACAUUAAAAUCUCCAACGCUCGGACCUCAAAUGGAGUACACCAACAUGUUGAAAUUUUAUAACGAGAAGGGGGUUUUGCUAUAUCAGACGCAAGUGCCCGAUACGCAAGCGAGAGUUUCAACUUUGACAUGGGGCCACAAUGAUAAACGCUUAUUCCUAGCCACCGGCACUCAGAUACAUAUCGCAUGGGUCGCAAAGAGGAUCGCAUCGCUUCAGCUACUCUGCCGACUUAGAAUCUACAAUUUGCUGCCCACAGAGUCCAUGCUAUCCGGCUUACCUCUGCCCAUUAGACUCAGGAAUAUUAUCGGGAAUUUGUUUGCUCAGACGAUAAGGUGUUGCGUUCCCGAGCCAAGUGCUCUCAGAGAAUUUGUGUCGCGGCCUCCAGUUGGGUCUGUCAGACUACACUGCACGAUGAUCAGACACGACGAAGAGAGCAAUUUAUCAUCGGGCACGUGCUACACCCUCUACCUCGAAUACCUUGGAGGAUUGGUUCCUUUAUUGAAAGGAAAAAGGACCAGCAAAAUCAGACCGGAAUUCGUCAUUUUCGAUCCUCAGGGGGAAGAUUAUCAACUGCACCUGUCCUCGAACGACUCAAAGAGUUCCUCCAGCUCUAGUAACUCUACGGCUAAUACUAUGGGCAACAGCGAAUCCUCAGAUUCCGACCGGGAAGACGGGUGUACUGGUUCUCCUAGACUACCUAGGAGAAAGAAGAAGAAGCAGAAGUAUCCGAACCUCGAACGGCCUUUGUAUCAAAGAGCCGAGCCGGAAGCUGAACAGGACGACCUAUCUUACGUGGACACAUUGCCCGAACAAGUGCGUCUAGUGGAAGUCACUUCCAACAUCUGGGGUACCAAGUUCAAGAUCCAUGGCCUCGCGAACGUGGUACCCGCCAAUCUAGGUCAGGUCACCUACAAGACGUCGUUGCUGCACCUGCAACCGCGUCAGAUGACUCUGGUCAUCACCGAGCUGAGAGAUGACUUUCCCGUAGGCCCCGAUCCCACGUUCAACCCCAACCUGUUCUCCGAAGACGAGGAGGAGCCGCAGCUGAACAGCCACAAGGCGCCGCGACUCAACAUGGAGAAUUGCCCACCCAUAGCGCCAAUGUCGCCUAGAACGAGCGCAAUGAAUCGCCAAAAGUCUUACGAAAACCAAGAGGACGCCAAGUGCCCUUUUGUCGAAAUUGAAGAUAAAAACUUAGUCCGUCCGCAGAAUUUAUUGCGUCCAACGUGUAGCCAAAACUCGACAAGCUUCAUCGGACAGUACGGAAAAUCCGCGGGGCAGAAUCAAAAGCACGCCAUCUCGCCCAUCUGCUGCGAGGUAGCCGUACCGGCCUUGCAGUCACCCAAGAACGCCGUGGCUCCCAGUGAUAUUAUUUUCGAUAGACCGUCGGCUCCGACCAUUAUCUCCUACUCCACCAACAGCAAUUGUUCGCUGCAGGUCAAGCCGAACUUCGAGCAUUCGAGGAACGACAUCUCCGUUGCUUUUAAUAUUAACAAUGACCAGCACAAACCCAUAGUCAUAAGGAAGAGCGACGAGGCUUCUUCGAAGCAUAAAGCUGUGGUCGUCGGGGAAGGCAAUGGUAAAGAAGUGUCGGAGGAGGCGAUACCGUCGACUUCCAAAUGUUCGGCCGCGCCUAUUUUCGUGGAGCCUAUGAUCAGGAGUUGUAGCGUCGGAUACUUGGACAUGGUGGACGCGCAGCUGGUGCCUGGCGACGUCCGGCUCAGUAUGCUCAGAAAAGAGAUUCCUAAACGGUUGGUGUUGGUGAACAGUGAAAGAAAUUAUCAAAAAAGGCGGCAGAGUAGGCUGCGCUCCAAGACCAACGCGAAGACGCGCUCCGGCUUAAAUAACUUCGGCAAGUCGAAGAGUCUGGAUUCGAGCGACAUUUUCCCGAACCAGGACGUCAGCUUCGUCGCGAAAGAGGAGAAGAUUCCCGAACAGGCGGAGACGAUUCCCGCGAAGAAUGUAGAACCGAACAAUAUGAAGAACAUUGCCAGGGAUUUUUUCUCUUCGCCCCUCAUGCGCAGGAAGAAUAAGAAAGCGCGAGAUAAGGGGAAACGGGGGGAAGAUGGCGAUUCGGAACGAAACGGUGUUCCUAUUCACACUCAGGCUUUGGCCAAUCUAGAGAAGCUGAUCACCAGGUUAAGAGAGGACGACGGGAGUAGACCGACGCCGCCCGCGUCUCCGAGGCUGCCCAGGAGUUCGCCGUCAUCGCCUGCGCCUAGUAAAAAAGAUGCCAGACCUCAGUCCGCGUCUCCUAUCCGUAGGAGACUGCUAAACUCGCCACUUUUGGGCAGGAGAUACAGAAAGAGCAGGAACCAGGAGAGUUCCGACGACGAGGUGAACGCGUCCGGUGACGAGAUAUUCAACGGUACCAACUACAGGGACUUGGAAACGUUCCAGAAGAGCCAGUUGAGGCAAAAGUUAAAGAGGGGGAAGAUCGAGCCGAACGGAGGUAGUUGUUGCAAUAACCAAAACAUUCCGCAACGGAGGGAGUUCGUAAUGCACAACAAGGCGCCGAUGUGGAACGAGAACAGUCAGGUGUACCAGCUGGACUUUGGAGGUCGCGUAACGCAGGAGUCGGCCAAAAAUUUCCAGAUAGAGUUUCGAGGAAAACAGGUGAUGCAGUUCGGAAGAAUCGACGGCAACGCUUAUACUUUGGAUUUCCAGUAUCCGUUCUCCGCUCUGCAGGCGUUCGCGGUCGCGCUGGCGAACGUCACGCAGAGACUUAAAUAGUUGAGUUUUCAUUUGUAAACUGUGCCAAUUUUUAAUAGCCUAUUGAAUUGGACGGUCGUCGUGUCGCCUCCACACACGGAUAUAGACUUCGUAUUUAUUUGCAGUUUUCCCGUCACGCGUUGACGCAAAAAAAGAAAAACAGAAAUUCUAUAUAUAUAUUUUAUAGACGUUUUGAUAGAUAUUUGUUACAUUUUGUCUUUUUCGUCCGUUUUUGUUGAACGUUCUUUUUUUAUUGUAUACUUGAAUGUUGAAUUAAAAUGUUCCAUUGCUUUAUUAAGUUCGGCGUUUUAUUCUCCUGGUAUUCUGUCAACACACUUCGCCUAUGUCGUUCAAAGUCUUUGUUUUUCUAUUAUUUCUUUAACACUUUUCACUUCGGCCCGGUUGUACAGUCUUGAUUUAAGCUACAGUUCUACUAAACU